GAAACGAAUUUCAUAUCAACGGUUUUUAACCGAAGGAACGAAAACUGUAAUGUUAUUGCAUCAUGAGACUGUCGAUGUCGAUGAGUUAACUAAACGUAGUUUUCAUUUCAUAAAUGUCAAAAUUCUAAGAAAAGAAAAUAAAUAAUCGAAAUAUUUUACUCAGUUUUGUCGAUAUUAGCUUACCAAAAUUCAAUAUGAUUAAAAAUACAGUGACAGGGGCUCAUAGGCCACUAUCAGGUCAGUUAUACAAAUACACUAAUGUUGUAAAAGGCUGGCAGCAGCGCUGGUUUGCAGUAGAUCCCGAAACAGGAGUUUUAUCGUAUUAUCUUUUCGAUGGGCCCGGAGAUACUAUUCAGCCAGGACAACCAGCCAGAGGCGAGGCUCAUUUAGCUGCUGCUGUGAUAUGUCCAAGUGAUGAAGACUCCCGUACCUUCACUAUAAACUGUGCUUCCGGAGAUAUGCUCAAGCUGAGGGCCACUGAUGCUAGAGCUAGGCAGGAAUGGGUCAAUGGGCUGAGGGCUAUAGCUGAAAUACACACUAAGGCUAUGGGCGCUAACCCUCCCCUGCAGCCCAGAGAGCAGCUGGCUGUGCAUGAUGCCAUGGCUUCUGCUAGGAACCAGUUACAGGCAACAGAACUCAGUGAUGCAGCUCUGGCAAGAUGCAUAGAAUCGGCCGACUCACCAUUCCCACACACAGAUCCUGACUUAUUACUGUUAAAAGCUACCUCUGCCGCCAGCAUGCAGUGCUUGCUCCAAUGUCUUGGCAUUCUCCAUCGACAGCAACAGUACACCACAGUGAGUGUCUCCAGCAAACACUCAGAUGACCACCACUAGUAUUGACUACUGAUACUACUGUUGAUACACUGUGGGCUAAUACAUUCCAUGUUCUGAGAAUAAAAGAACUAUGUGAUAACUUAUGGUUGCUGAGAAGUCUUCAAUAGACAAGGCUUUGAUUAAGAUCUUGUAGAAAAGUGUUGUAAGCUAUGCACUGUGGGGUUUCAUUUAAUACUUUUGACUUGUAAACAGCUGUUUAAGUUAGUGUAUGUGUUGUAUAGGAGGCUGUAAAUUGUAAUACAUGAACUACUGUGUAUUGUCCCACAUUGUAUGGUUAAUUUGUAGCUUAAAAUAAAAAGACAAACAUUGUUGACAUAUCCUAAUGUUUUCCUUGUAGUUAUACUCCAUUGGUGUUAUGUAAAUUGUAAAUAUUUUAUCUAAUAAAAAUAGUUGAUCUUUCUUAA